UUCGUAUAAUGAAAACAAUUUGUUAAUCAAGCGAAAUCAAAGUAAUUCGCUGCGCCGCCCAGUUCCAAAAUCCAAAAUCCGUGCCCAACGCGAGAGAAUUCGCCAAUACGCGAAUCGGAGGGAAAACAAAAGAAUGCAAUGACACAUAAACUCAAAUGGCAUCAGCGAACAGCGAACAGCGAACGGCGCAGAAAUUAAUUAGUCAAGUCUAUAGAGGAACAUGCAUUACAACAUCAGAGCCCAGAGACAAGUGCCAUAGGCAGCCAGGCACAACCGCCUAUUGACUAUCUCUAUGUCUGUUGAUGUAUCUGGGCUCGGGCUCUGGCUCUGGCUCUGGCUCUGGAUACUUAUCGAUGCUAGUUAGUCAGUUAGUCGACGAGUGGGUGAGGCAUCGCAAUGACGCUUACUUGGGCCAUGGAGCAGAGCCAGUGAAAAGUAUUUAUUGACUAUGACACUGUGACGAUGCCAUUCGGUUAUUAGAUAGAUAAACUGGGUACAGUGCAAACACUUCUAAGGUGCCACGCCGCCAGCAAUACCGUGAAAUAGUAUUUUCGCACCCCAACCGAAUAUCAUAUUUCUUUGCCAUAAAGAUAAAACCCGUUAAGAAACGCAAAGGAAAAAAAACGAUACUUAAAGAAAACAAUAACUAAUCGUAUCACAUUAUGGACUGUGACUACUACACAGGUGCCUCUACACUACCGUAACAACAACAACAACAACAGCAGCAGCAGCAAAUGCGAUAAUAACAUCCAAUAAGACGAAAAUCAAGCCGAAUUGGCUGUUCGUUCGAGGCAACAAUAAUUGCGCGUGUUUAUCGUGUCACCGUUAGAUAUUGCAUUCCCAACGAUAAGUUGACGUUGGCCACUUCCAGGUGCUCCCGUGAACACCUUUGUGCUCAUACAUAUUUUAAGAACUGCGUGCGACUCGCGUUCGUUUCAUUUGUGCGUUUGCUUCAUCCAGUGACGGCCAUAAGACGCGAACAAUCCCAACGAUCCGCCGUGGAGUCAAGCAGCGUCAAAGCUGUGCAGUGUUAACGUACUCAAAGGAUAAAUACCAGUGAUCGGAAUCGAAAAUCUCUAAAUUUUACCGUGUUCAAGUUCAAGUCAUUAAAAAUGGGUUUCAACUCCAAGUACCACAUUGAUGUAGACUUUGAAGUGCCCAAGAAGCUGCAAUGGUAUUAUGCACCCGCCUUCCUCGCCUUCUGGUUUGCCAUCUAUCUGUCGCUGAUCAGCACGCAGAUCAAUCACAUGCCCACGCCGCUGACGCGCGCCGAUGAGGCAGCCCAUCCGCGGGAUUUCAUUGCACAGCGCGCCGAGGACACCCUCAUCGAGCUGACGCGGAUCGGGCCACGGGUGGUGGGCAGUGUGGCCAACGAGGUGACCACCGUGCAGUUCCUUAGGGAUGAGAUCGAGAAGGUCCAAGCGGAGGCGAACGAGCGCUUCGAGAUCGAGAUCGAUGUCCAGCAGGCAAGCGGGGCCUACAUGCACUGGACUAUGGUUAACAUGUACCAGGGUAUUCAGAACGUGGUCGUCAAGCUGAGCGAGAAGGGCAACCCGAACGAGAACUAUCUGCUGAUCAAUAGCCACUACGACUCAGUGCCCGGCAGUCCGGGUGCUGGCGAUGAUGGCUCCAUGGUUGUGACCAUGCUCGAAGUGAUGCGCGUCAUUGCCAAGACUGAUGAGCCGCUGGCCCACUCCAUUGUCUUCCUGUUCAAUGGAGCCGAGGAGAAUCCACUGCAGGCCUCACACGCUUUCAUCACGCAGCACAAAUGGGCCAAGAACUGCAAAGCUUUGAUCAAUCUGGACUCGGCAGGCAGCGGCGGUCGCGAGAUUCUGUUUCAGUCGGGGCCCAAUCAUCCCUGGCUCAUGAAAUACUAUCGCGAGGUGCCGCAUCCCUUUGCGAACACCCUGGGCGAGGAGAUGUUCCAGGCUGGUCUGAUACCGUCCGACACAGACUUUCGCAUUUUUCGCGACUAUGGCGGAGUGCCUGGCCUGGACAUGGCGUACAUCUUCAAUGGCUACGUGUAUCACACCAAAUUUGAUCGAGUUAAUGUCUUUCCGCGCGCCUCUUUUCAGCACACUGGCGAUAAUGUGCUGGCUCUGGCCAGGGCUCUGGCAAAUGCUCCCGAAUUGGAUGACACUGCAGCUCACGCCGAGGGCCACAAUGUGUUCUAUGAUUUUCUGGGCUGGUUUAUGAUUUUCUACACAGCAACCACAAACAUUGUUAUCAACAUGAUUGUCAGUGUGAUUGCGCUCCUGGCAAUUGGAGUUUCUCUGUACUUCAUGUCCGUGCGCUCUGGCUGCAGUAUUUCGGGCGUCCUGGUGCGCUUUGGUAUUAUUCUGGGCAUACAGCUGGUCUCUCUGGGUCUGGCCCUCGGGCUAGCUCUACUCGUCGCUCUCUUCAUGGACGGAGUGAAUCGCUCACUCAGCUGGUUCACAGAGAUGUGGCUACUGCUCGGCCUCUAUAUAUUUCCGAUUAUCUUUGGCAUGAGCAUUCUGCCCGCCCUCUAUCUGGAGCGAACCAAAAAGGAUCCGCUCAGCCUGGGCUUUCGUGUGCAGCUCUUCAUGCACUCCCACUGCAUUUGCUUAGUGCUGCUGAUAAUUGUCCUGACAGCCCUCGGCAUACGAUCGGCCUAUUUUAUUAUGCUCUGCGUGCUCUUUGAUAUUGUGGCUCUAAUUGUGAACCUGGUUACCAAAUGGCAUCGCAAAGCUUAUUGGUUUGCAAUUGUCGUCAUGAUCUGCCAGAUCUUACCCUUCACAUACAUUACUUACGUCUGCACAGCAGCGCUGAAGACACUGAUACCAAUGCAGGGCCGUUCCGGCGGAUCUGCCAAUCCCGAUUUGUCCAUGGCACUUCUGCUAUGGCUGUUUUCCGUCAUGUUUGCUGGCUUUCUGGUGCCGCUCAUUUUGUUCUUCCGCAAGACGAGAACAAUUGUGCUGUGUUUCUUGGCAGGCACGAUUCUGUUCAUCAUCAUUGCAGUCACUGACGCAGGUUUUCCAUACAAGCCCAAGACAUCGCCGCAGCGCUACGCAUUGAUUCACGCUCAUCGCAUCCUGCACAAUGCGGAUGGCACCACGCGCACGGAUGAGAGCGGCAUCUACGUCUAUCCCCAAGAUCGACGUUUCAGCAUAGCCGAAGAGGAGAUCAAGACGAUUGGCCAACUGCACAAGGUCAGCGAGUUCUGCGAUGAGGAAAUGUUCUGCGGCAUGCCAUUGUAUAAUCAUCGCUGGCACAAGGCACGCGAAUACAGUUUUUGGAUACCCAUUAAGGAGCAGCCGGAGAUACCGGCGGCUUAUCCCACUCUGACGCUACAGGAAACCACAGAGCUGGAUAACUCGAUGCAGAGGCGGUUUAACUUCUCAUUGGCUGGCCCGGAUCAUAUGACCAUCUUUGUGAACGUAAAGAACGAUGCGAAACUGCUGGACUGGUCCUUCAAUGAGACGCUCAUUAAGAACAAUGAGCCUCCGCCGUAUUUUGUUUACUUCUCUUAUGGUCUGGAUAAAAGUGCACUAGAGUUCUCCAUAGACGUUGAGAAGACGACGUCCUCGUUCGACACGCCCACUUUGGAAAUUGGCAUCGGUGGGCAUUGGGUACAUUACGACAUGCAAAGAUCUAAAGGCCUGGGUGCCUAUAUCGACAGCUUUCCCUCUUACGCCUACAUACAGGCUUGGGUCGGCACCUACGAAAGCUGGUACUUCUAAUUGCCCCAUUUACAGAGUAUACCGUUAAUAGAUAUUGAUAUUCGUUUACUAAUUGUAGUCUCUAAGCUGUUGAGCUAUUGUCGAAAGAAUU